UGUUCAGAGGAGCAUUUGAAUUGCAGUCUUUUGUAAGCUCAUGACUUGCCCUCUGUACUGCAACACAUCCUUUUCUCCCAUCCUCUUAUUCCCUCCCCCAAAGUGUCCACUAUUGUUUACUACUAGAGUCAUGUGACCAGCACCUCGAAGUUUGGGGAAGAAAGGUGGUCUAUAAAUAGAACUGCCAAAGAAUCCGAGCUGAACCCUACCUGUGGCUGACUUCCCAUCUCCUUCCCUACCCUGUUGAAGCUCCAACAAGUGGAGCUGGGCAUGCUCAGUGGGCAAGGCAGUCUCUCCGCCUUGUAAGUAGCCCGGCUGUAGCUGAUUAGAGUUGCUAAGCAAAGCCACUUCCCUGACAUUAGGAACAAGCGUCUCCGGCUCCCUACUCUGUUUCGAGAGGAUCAGCCUGAAGAGAUUAAGAAAUGGCAUUUCAACAAGCUAUCAAAGGAACAGCUCUGGUUGGAGGAGGUGCACUUGCCACUGUGCUAGGCCUCUCUCAGUUUGCUCAUUACAGAAGGAAGAAACUCAACUUAGCCUCUGUUGAAGCCGCGGAUUACUUUUUGGAUCCUCAACUUAGGGAACUUCCUUCAAGAGAAGCUCAGCUUACAAGUCUCCAGAGUACUACUGAGUUUGAUAUUCUUGUUAUAGGCGGAGGAGCAACAGGAGCUGGCUGUGCAUUAGAUGCUGUUACUAGAGGACUAAGAACAGCCCUUGUAGAAAGAGAUGAUUUCUCAUCAGGGACCAGCAGCCGGAGCACUAAGCUGAUCCAUGGUGGGGUGAGAUAUCUUCAGAAGGCCAUCUUGAACCUGGAUUAUGAGCAGUACAGGAUGGUGAAAGAAGCACUUCAUGAGCGUGCCAACCUGCUCGAGAUUGCUCCCCAUUUAUCUCAUGCACUACCUAUAAUGCUUCCGAUUUACAAGUGGUGGCAGUUGCCUUACUACUGGGUAGGAAUAAAGCUCUAUGACCUGGUUGCAGGAGCUCAGUGCCUGAAAAGCAGUUAUGUUCUUAGUAAGUCAAGAGCACUUGAACAUUUUCCAAUGCUGCAGAAGGACAAGCUAGUUGGAGCUAUUGUCUAUUACGAUGGACAACACAAUGAUGCAAGGAUGAACCUUGCCAUUGCACUCACUGCUGCCAGGUAUGGGGCUGCCACGGCCAAUUAUGUUGAAGUGAGGAAUUUGUUGAAGAAGAAGGACCCAAAUACUGGGAAGCUGCGUGUGAGUGGUGCACAGUGCAGGGAUAUGCUAACAGGGCAAGAAUUUGAAGUGAGAGCCAAAUGUGUUAUCAAUGCUACGGGACCUUUCACAGACACAGUGCGCAAAAUGGAUAAUCAGACCACCACAAACAUCUGUCAGCCAAGUGCUGGGGUACACAUUGUGAUGCCUGGUUAUUACAGCCCAGAGAGUAUGGGACUGCUUGACCCUGCCACCAGUGAUGGACGAGUUAUUUUCUUCUUGCCCUGGCAAAAGAUGACCAUAGCUGGGACAACUGAUAGUCCGACUGAUAUCACCUCACAUCCUAUUCCUUCGGAGGAAGACAUUAACUUCAUCUUGAGUGAAGUACGCAACUACCUAAGUUGUGAUGUUGAAGUGAGAAGAGGAGAUGUCCUAGCAGCUUGGAGUGGAAUUCGGCCCCUGGUGACAGAUCCGAAGUCUAAAGACACCCAGUCAAUCUCUCGAAAUCAUGUUGUUGAUACCAGUGAGAGUGGCCUUAUUACUAUAGCAGGUGGAAAAUGGACAACUUACCGUUCUAUGGCGGAAGAUACUGUAGAUACUGCUGUCAAAAAUCACAAUUUUAAAGUUGGGCCAAGUAGAACAACUGGCCUUUAUCUGCAAGGUGGUAAGGAUUGGAGCCCUACUCUGUACAUUAGACUGGUUCAGGAUUAUGGACUUGAAAGUGAGGUGGCUCAACAUCUUGCUUCUACUUAUGGUGACAAAGCCUUCGAGGUAGCCAAAAUAGCAAGUGUAACUGGAAAAAGAUGGCCCAUUGUUGGAGUACGGCUUGUGUCUGAAUUCCCAUACAUUGAAGCAGAGGUGAAAUAUGGAAUCAAAGAAUAUGCAUGCACUGCAGUAGAUAUGAUUUCACGCCGCACUCGACUUGCAUUUCUGAAUGUCCAGGCUGCAGAGGAAGCUCUACCUAAGAUUGUUGAACUGAUGGGAAGGGAACUGAAUUGGAGUGAGGAAAAGAAAAAGGAGGAACUUGAUUGUGCAACAAGAUUUCUUUACUAUGAAAUGGGCUACAAGUCUCGGUCAGAGCAGCUAACGCCCUGUUCUGAAAUUAGCCUACAGCCUGCUGAUAUUGAGAGGUACAAAAAGAGAUUUCACAUGUUUGAUAAAGAGCAAAAAGGCUUUAUUACCAUAGUUGAUGUUCAGCGUGUGCUAGAGAGUGUCAAUAUUCAAAUGAAUCAGAAUACACUACAUGAAAUUCUCAAUGAAGUAGAUUUGAAUAAAAAUGGAUUGGUUGAACUCGAUGAGUUUUUGCAGCUGAUGAGCGCUAUUCAAAAAGGAAUGGUAUCUGGAAGCCGUCUAGCAGUACUCAUGAAGACUGCAGAAGAAAGUCUGGGUUCAAGAGCUCCCAUUCCAGUGGAUAGGAGUUGUGGAGGAUUGUGAGUCUGAACAGUUCACAAAACAAAAACAAAAACCAGCAAACAUGGAAAAACAACAGCAACAAAGCACUAUGCUAGAAACAACUAGGAACAACUCUUAGUUCUCCAAACUAGUGGAUGUGUAUAGCUGCUUUUUUUUUUUAACCACUGGAAACAUUCCAAAGCUCUAAGAUAUCUCUGUGUAUGCCCUUGAUACAUAUUUGCCAUUCAGCAUAGCCUAUAAGAGAGGCAGUUUACCUUUAUUUUUCAUGCAGAUUCUAAUACUGUACUUCUGGCCUGAUAGACUAGACAUGCUUUUCUCAGUUCUCAAAGCCGAAUGUUUUGGCAGAAAUUCAAGGAAGAACUUGGAAGAGAUUUGCUGACACAUACCUGUGUUCAUUAAACUUUUAGAUAGCCUUUACUCUUGAAAAAGAAAGGGCAUGCAGAAUGACCCCUUUGGAAAUGAUACUGUUUCUGAGGAUUUCUUCCUUCUGCCUUGUUCCCUCUGCCUCGCAUUCACAAUAUUGUUCAAUUUUCUAUCUCAGGUGUGACUGCCAAAACUAAAAAAAGUUUAGAUCUGGUUUCAGGAGUAAGUUACAAAGAGAAACUGAAAGCUUCCCAAAUCACAGGUAUAGAUAAGGAUAGCAUUGACAUUUACUGAAUCUUACAGUGAUAGUUUCAUCUCGGCAGUUCAUUUUUUUUUCAGUGGCUGCUGGUUUUCUUUGACUGCUGAAGUUGCCAGGAAGAUCCUUGAUUUCUUUGCUUUGAGACUAGCAUGGAAGUGGCACAUUUGGAUAUAGCAAGGAUGAGCCCAAAUUUUCCAUCUCCUUAUAGUAGUACUAUAAUGGUAGAAAUGUAUUUCUACAAGCACAUGUUUAAAAAAAAAAGGCACAAGUUUCAAGCCCUAGAUCUUACCUAUGAGUGUGUGAUAUUGUCUAAUAUUGGUUUAGACUGAUCCCUGUUGCACUGGUUUUGCUCACUUAGCAAAGAAAUGGGGGGGGGGAGUAGAAAUAAAAUAUCUUAGUUUGCUCUGAUUCUAAAUAUUAACCACAAGCACAGAGUUGCAUUGUUUUUUUUUAAAUCCUUAAAAGUAUUUUCCCUUUUGUCCUCUUAUAGAAAAAAAACUUGACAUUUUAAGUAAGGACGGUUUAGGAAUAUUUUUGCUGCUACUUGGUUCUAGUUGUGCUCCCUUCAUCUGGUAGUUUGUCCCUUGGCCCUUCCCAGUGUGAAUUGAACCCACAGAAGCUUUUGCAAAGAUCAGGUUCUGUAUAUAGAAGCAAAUAUCACACUUUGAUGGCAGCUCUUACUACCAUGAUUGGAAAUCUUAGUUAUAAAAAACUGGCACACAAGUUGACAAACCACAGCACAGCAGUCUUUUCUGUUAACAUAAGAUCAGAUCUUAAUGCCUCUCUCUUAGUAUUUAUGUCACCAUUAAGACUGUGAAUGGUGAGAUUCAAAAAAUAGUAGUAUGCCUCAAAAUAGAAUUUUUAAAAAGACCACUUAUGUUCUGUAAACAUUUAUUAAGUGAUUACCACUUGCAUGGCACUAUACAAGGCUACAGAGAUGGAAAACAACCUGCCCACAAGGAGCUUAGGUUCAUGUGUUUGCCACAAGGGAGUAUGAAACCAAAACCAAGGUAGCGAUACUUCUAGAAGUCACUGUGAUAUUCUUUUCUUUCAAAAUUACAGCCAAUAUUUUUAAUAAAUGAUGGCUGAAAUAGGGCAAUUCAGCAUUGUUUUCAAAACAUUAUGAAUUUCUCUGUCUAAAGCUAAGUAAACUCUAACAGACGGAAAAGUUAUUUUUAAAAUAUAUUUUUUAUGCGUGUGUGCCUCUGGGAUGAAAUAUUGUAAUAUUGUAUGUUUGGUUUCCCUCUCUUUCUCUUCCUCUAGUUAAAUCAAGAUAAUGAUGACUUGUAUCUCCCUGAACCUAAUACAGUAGGAAACUGACUUCUUUUGCUUAGGAACCUGCAGAUCCUUUUGCCAGAUCUGCAUUUGUUAAAUAGGCCUUGUGCAUGUUUAGCUGUGUGUGAGGUCUUGUAUCAGUUUUCUCCUAAAGUCUACUGAUUCUGAACCUGUAUUUCUUCACAAGAUCCAGACACCUGUUUUGGGAAUUGGCUGGUGCCAAACUUUUUUUUUAACUAUGAAUAAAGCAAACAAGUAUUUUGUGUCAUGUCUAAAUGAACAUUUGAGGGCUUACCAGAUAAUAAUUUUUGGACAAAUCAAGUACUUCCUGAAACCUGUUCCAGUUAGUCCCACAAACUGACUUUUGAGAUCCUUUUUAAAGAGGUUCAGCUGAAAAAAAAAUCCUGUAUGUAGUGAACACUUUAUAGGCUAUGGCUAAAAUUAGUUUCCCCACUAUAGUUGUAGCAAUAGUGAUAACAGAAGACUAAUUUAUAGGCCAUAGUUGUUUGCCACAUACCCCAUGUACCAUUUCUUGCUUUCAAUCAAUGUAUCUUGAGUGGAACCUCGGGAUUUCUACUGCAUGCUCCUUUAUUCUGCUAAAUUCUGGCUUUGUUUGGCCUUUCCUCAUGGUAUGUGGAAUGCUAGCUGUAUCUUGUUCUAUGGCAAAAAUUGCACUCUUAUUUGUGAGAUGUUAAAAAAUGCAAGGAUCGAUCAUUGAAUUAAUUAUCCCACAUUUUAUGUAUUUAAGAAAAAGCUGUUGGCAUAUGAAUGUAAUAAUGGUGAAACCCAAUGCAGUUGUAUCUUUGUACUGUUUUGCAUUAUUUCAGUCCUAUGGGUGGUCCAGGGGAGAACUGUCCUUAUUAUGUGUGAAACCAGAAACAAAAUACUGACAGCUACAAGCUCUGUGCUGGCCUGGAUAGACAAACUGCAUGUUUUUACAUGUGGCACUUUUAUGUAUUAUGUAGGUUAUUGUUCUAGAUUGGACUGUUAAAUACUGUGUUUGAGGCUGGGUUGUCAUUUUUAUAACUGUCUUGGUGUUUUAUUGCCAUUAUUUAUUACUUUUGAUAUACAGAAUGAGCUGCAUGCAUUUAUAGAGCAAUAAGAGGAUGUAUUUAAUGUGCCUUGUUUUUAACUGAAUAAGAACUGAAAGCAUGAAUCAAUAAAACUGAUUAAAAUGGUCCAUUCACUGGCAUUUUGAUGUUCCUGGCAGUCACAGAAAUAACUUUGAUUAGUCCUGAAGUUAAAAAAAAAGUUUGAAAAAUGUUUUAAGAAACUAUAUUUUUAGAAUGACAUUUACUUGUUAAUUUUUUCUAGCUCUGAAUUUUGCAAUGCUAUAUCAGAAGUGAAAUCUCUGCAUUAGACAGAUUUAAUUUUUAUGAGAUAGCCUGAAUUAUUUGUAUUAAUUUGUAGCUGAAGCCUUUGGGGUAUGAGUUCUGUAUUUGUGCAAUCCUGUUUUAAAAUUACAUCCAGCCUAUUACAGCACUGUUGGGUUUUUUGUCAACCAGAGCCUUUCUGACUAAGCGUUCCCAUGCACACUGAUGAAUUUUAUCAUAACUAAAAUCAAUAGAAAUGAAUGGGAAAGAUUACAUAAUCCAUUUUGAUCAUCUUACAUGUCAAGUUAGUGC